AUGAAUAGCUUUUUUGCAGAGCUGGAGCCAUCUCUAACCGCCACUGAGCAAAACCUGACAGACCGAGUUCGGUACAUCCUGUGCUCCAACAUACUUGGUGAUGCCGAACUCGUACGACUACGACGUGAGGCUGUUCCCCCAUCGGAUGAAAAUCCUACGGCUGGGAAUGCGGCGCCACUAAUUGCAGACCAACCUGUACACGUCGAUGCCGCAUUGUACAUUCCAGUUGUGGUUGAUCCCGGUGAUGAUGGUGAUCAGAAGAGGCUCUAUAAAUCUUUGGAUCGAGCAAAGGUAUGUGGAACGGGCCCAGUACCGGAUCAGGUCGACACUGUCGCAUUCUGGCGUGGCCUGUGGUCAGUGCCCGUAAACUACAGCGAGGGCCCUUGGAUGGAAGUUAUGGCGAGCCAAGGUGCGAGUGUUAUGCCUAUGGACUCCGUCAACAAAACGCCGGAAGACGUGGUUGGGGCGGUCCAUAGGGCUCCAAACUGGAUAAGUCUGGGUCUCGACGGGCUGCACCAAUACUGGCUAAAGGGGUUCGUAUUGUAUCACGCUGUGCUCGCCCGACAGUUUCAAGAGGUUCUCGACCAGAAGUAA